AUGCCUCUUCAGCUCCUGGCGCAGCAGUACCUGCCCAUCUCCCCACGACACGUGAGUCUCCUGACGACGGACGGUAGUGGAGGAAAUCCGGCCGCUGUGGUUGCCGUGUCCCCCGCCUUCGACCCGCGCAACCGCGUCUUCUUCCUCGAGUGGGAUGACCCCACGGAUGCGGCGAGCUUCCGCCUCUCCCACGUCUCUGUGCCCGGCACCAGCGUCGCUGCCGUCGCCCUCAUGCUCUCCUCCGAAGGCGUGGUGCACUGCGUUGUGCAGGGCCGGGAGGGAAACGGCAAGGGCGCGGCGGAGGGCGGCACCGCGUACGUCUACCGUCGGAGCGAAAGUAUCGACGAGGGUGAUUACUGCGAGGAGGAAGGGGCGGCAGUGGUGUACCGAAGGCUGCCCAAGGCGAUCGAGGACGACGGUAGAGGCUGGACCACGGCCCUGCACCUUCGCCGCGGCAGCAGCGGCGGCUUUGCUGGGGAGGGCGGUGAGGGCCGGGUUGUGGUGGCGUGCGGAGGAGAGCGGGGAGAGUCGAACGGAGUGAAGUUGCUUCGCCUGAGCGGCACACGAAUGUCGGUGCAGCAGACAAUUGAACUCCCGACGUUGUCCACGUUUCCUGUGCUGCAGCUACGCGAGAUGGACGGGGACGCCGCCUCCGUGCUGGUGCUGUGCCAUCACGCCAUUCUUGAGGUCGACACCCGCAUGAAGCAGAGCGACAGCGUCGUGCGUGCGUGGAAGUGGACCCCGCAUGACCCGCUGCUCGCCUUUGCCGUGAAGGACAACUCCGUUGUGGCCGGGACCGAGGAGGGUGUGCUGGUGGUGUGGGACCUGCGCCUCGCGGCGGUUCGCGGGAAGAGCAGCGGGGCGGUGGACCACAGCCCCCCCUGCGGCGCCCCCGUGACGGGGCUGCACAUGCCGCACAGCAUGGGCCUGCUCUCGUGCCACGCCGACGGCUCCGUGCUCACGUGGGACAGGAGCAGCGCGACCGAUGGCGUCUUCCGCUUCUCCCCGAGCCCCACCGACGCGCUGCCGCCCGUUUUUCUCGGAACCCCCGGCUGCGUGACGCUCGCCGCCGAAGAGCACCUCGCGGUGGUGGCGGACGAGUCCGGGACCCUCAGCAUCUUUGCCGUUUUGUAG